AAGAUCGAGACGACGAAACCCUUUGAUUCGGUUUCAGAAUCUCUCUCUCGGAAAAAUGGUUGAAUCGCGUUUACUAGCUGCUCUGAUCCUCCUAGGGUUUCUCAUCUCCGCAUCCGAAUCUCUCCGCUUCGAGCUCCAAUCCGGUCACACCAAAUGCAUCGUCGAAGACAUGAAGGCCAACGCCAUGACCGUCGGAAAGUACUCCGUCGUCAACCCCGACGAGGGCCAGCCCAUGCCGCCGUCGCACAAGCUCACCGUUCGGGUGACGUCGAGCCACGGGAAUAGCCAUCACUACUCGGAGCUGGUGGAAUCGGGUCAAUUUGCGUUUGCGGCGGUGGAGGCCGGCGAUUACAUGGCGUGUUUCUGGGCGCCCGAUCACAAGCCGCAGAUCACGUUGACUAUUGAGUUUGAUUGGAAGACCGGUGUGGCCGCCAAGGACUGGUCCAAUGUGGCCAAGAAAGGCUCUGUUGAUUUAAUGGAAUUAGAGCUUAAAAAGUUGUUUGACACUGUCACUUCCAUUCAUGAGGAGAUGACCUAUCUCCGUGAACGGGAAGCAGAAAUGCAGGAUCUGAACACAGCAACCAACUCCAAGAUGGCCUACUUGAGCUUGCUUUCACUAUUUUUAUGCUUAUCGGUGGCAGGUUUGCAAUGGUGGCACUUGAAGACCUUUUUCGAGAAAAAGAAGCUUAUCUGAUUUUGUUAUAGAGAAGUUCGAUAUUUUCAUCUUUUCUGGUCUUUGUAAUAUAGUUGACAGAACAUUGUAAGGGAUGUCAGAUCACAUUGUUAGAUGAGGUAGGACAACCAAAUGCUCACGAUAGCAUAAAAGUUCUGUUGAAGUUUACAGUCAUUGUAUUUCUAGAAACAUUCAAUGAUAACAAAUUUAGUUAUUUUGUUACAUAAGUUUCUGUUGAAUUAUUUUCAUCAUAACGUCUUCAGUUCCA